AUGGAGCUGCCGAAGAAGGAGCUCACGCCGCUCCUCAAGAUCACACCGCCGCGCUACAACGCCAAGAUCCCAAACUUCUCGCCGCUCGCAGAGAUCCAUACGAGCUCAUCGUCGCCGCAGUCGGCGCACCCAGCGCCCACUGAGCUCUACUUGAGCACAGAGAGCGUGGCCUUUGCCUUCCAGCCGCGCCAGCCGGUCAAGCAGCCGAGCCCCAGCCCGUCGCUCGUGAGCGACGUCACGCCCUUGUCGUCGCCAGCGUCCGACGUUGUCAUUGAGGACGAGUGCUUGUCGAUCUUGGACCCGUACUUUGACGUGACACCGUCCCGCCUUCACUUGGCGUUUGACGAAGCCGACCCCAACCACUCGGGGGUCUUGAGCCGCGAUGGCCUGCGGCAUGGCCUCGAGAGUCUUGGCAUCCGGUGCGCCGACUCGCCCGCGAUCUUUGACGCACUCCUCUCGUUCGUCAAGGAGCCAUUGUCGCGCUCGGUCUUCGAGGACAUUGUGCAAAAACUCAAGCUCGGCAAUCUCUUUGACGAACAAACGGUCGCGCUCUUCACCGACUCGGUGUACGCGCCGGCGCGGAUCGAAGUCGUCGAUUUCUCAUCGACGCGCCUCUCGCACUACAAGCCCGAGCUCCGGUCCUUCUUUAUGAACGACCGCGCGCCGUGGGCGUCCUGUCGCUGGAUCAACGUCCAGGGCCACGACCACUUGAACCUCAAGCGGCUCGCGAUCAAGUACCGGCUGCACCCGCUCGCGAUGGAAGACACGAUCGAGCUCAACGAGCGGCCGAAAUUCGACUCGUACGAAACCCAUCGGUUUGUCAUUUUUCCCGUCUUGCGGCAAACCAUUCUAUUUCCCAAAGAGACCAAGCACGAAGCGCCCAUGGACGACAGCUGGUGGAGCUACCUCACAAGCACGUCAUCUCCGUCGAUGCCGGUCAUGGCCGCGUACACAUUCCAGCUAGCCGUCGAGCACGUCGCGAUCUUCGUGGUCGAUGACGAUACGCUCAUCACGGUCAAGCCGACGCGGCCCAACGACAUUUGGCGCACCGUCCACCGGCGCUUGGCCUCGACGUACUCCAAGGUGCGGCACAACGGCGCCAACUUCCUCUUUUACACAGUGCUCGACGUCAUUGUCGACGACAUGACCAACGCGAUGGACCAAGUCCGGCAGUACCUCAUGCACUUGGACCGCGAGCUCGCGCGCCUCCUGCAUAACUUUGACAUUGGCGUCCUCCGCGACGUGCAAAUCGAGCUCGCGCAGCUCCCGCGCGUGAUCAAGCCGACGCGCGACGUGCUCAAGAGCGUUCUUGAGAGCGCCGAGCUCCCCGAGACGACCAAGGCGUACUUCCGCGACGUCCACGACCACACCAACCAUAUUCUGGACGAGAUCGAGUGGCAGUCGCAAAUGUGCCGGGGCAUGAUCGAAGAGUACCGCGACGCCAAGUCGACGCAGACCAACUACGUCAUGUACACGCUCACGAUCGUCACGACGGUCUUCCUCCCCGCGCAGUUUCUCACGGGCGUCUACGGCAUGAAUUUUGACUACAUGCCCGAGCUCCACUCGCGCUACGGGUACCUCGUGUUCUGGGGCCUCAUCCUCUUCAUCACGAUCACGCUGCGCUUUUACUUUCGCCUCAAGCAAUGGGUCUAAUCCAGUAGUAGUGCGGACCCUCGCUCACACUACAAGUACUUUAAGUUUGUCGACAUCCUCUUCAUCAG